CGUUUCUACGCCCAUGACAGACGCUGCAGUUAUUGAAAAUCGAAGGUGGAGUGCGCACGUGCGCGCGCGCGGCACAAUCUCCCUUCUCACUCUUGUGGAGGGUUAGGCCUAUGAGUACCUAGUAGCAUGCCAAAUUUCAACACUAUCGGCGCAGACGUUCCAAGGCUGUAGCAUUGUAUUUUUUUCGACACCCCUCACUCUGCACGUGCCACGUGCUAAAUUUGGUACCCACAUGGUUCGGGGUAUGCUCCAUUCGUGGCAAAGGGAUGUAGCUCCCCAUCAAUGAAAGCCACUUGUCAAUCAGACAUGUGGUUGCAAAGUUAUAAGCUGUCAAUUAGCGUCGUUUGGCCGGGUCGGGCUGCUAAUACUUACAUUUUUCCACUAAACCACAAAGGACUCGCUCGCACUUCGCGCUCGCUCGUAAUUAUCAUUCUUUGUAUAUUAUAUAAUAUUUAUCAAUAUUUUUUAAAUUCAUAAAGUCAAUUUGUUAUUGUAAUCUUGCAUACAUCUCUAUCUUUCGCAGGUAGACCGUUCGUCGUUUCUGCAAAGAUGUCUCAAAAAGAACAGUUCUAUAAACUGGUUCACGAAACCAAAAUAUCUUCAAACUCUGCUUUGAUUACCGAUGAAAAGUACGAGAUUAUAAAGGAAGAACUGCAGGGAAUCAGCAAAGGCGCAAAACCGUCGGGCACCGCGAAACGCUAUCGCAUCUGGCAGAAGUACAGGCUAGUCAAGUUCGGAUCAAUUGAAAAGGUUGUAGAUAAGAAAAGUGCAAAAGAAAUCGUGCGGGAAUCAGAUUUGUUUGAUGUGAUUAAUGAACUCCAUUCUUUGACUGGGCAUUGCGGAAGAGACAAGACGCUUAUGGAAGUUCAAAAGCACUAUGCAAGCGUCAGCAGAAAAGUCGUCUGGGCAUUCCUCUCAACUUGCCAAACGUGCGAGCAGAAAAAGCCUAGGCCUGGCCAGAAGGUAGUGACUAAGCCUAUUCUCAGCAACGACAUGAACUCCAGAGCCCAGGUUGAUCUAAUAGACUGGACGAGUGAAAGCUCAAAGGGAUUCAGAUACAUUUUAACAUAUCAAGACCACCUAACCAAGUUUGUCGUUUUGCGGCCCUUAAAAUCAAAAAGGGCGGAAGAGGUGGUAUUUCAUCUCAUCGACAUAUUCUGCCUGUUUGGGGCUCCAAACAUCUUGCAGAGCGACAACGGACGCGAGUUUCGCAACAAAGUAAUAAAGCAGUGCACAGCCAUGUGGCCAUCGCUCCAGCUCGUUCGUGGACGACCUCGCCAUUCGCAGUCCCAGGGAUCUGUCGAAAGGGCGAAUCGGCUGGUUCAGGAAAAGCUUCGGUGCUGGCUUGCCGAUAACCCGGAAAGUAAUUGGCCCGAGGGACUACGCUUUGUUCAGUGGAUGAUAAACACGCAGAAGAACGACGGGAUUGGAACUGCUCCCUACAAAGCGAUGUUCGGUGUUGAGCCCCACAUGGGCCUGAGGGACACGCAGCUCAGAGGAGCGCCCGCCAGACUGUUGAGGACUGAGCAGGAGCUGGCGGAUAUGCUGGGACUGGUGGCUGAUGGAAGUCGCCAGACGGCCACAGAUGCAGGACUGGACAGUCAAUCGGGCAGCAGCAGCAGCAGCGACUGGCAGCCGGCUGGCCGCGCCCAUGCAGGGAGGAGAAGGAGCGGUCGUGCUGUAGUAUGCAGCAGCAGCAGCAGCAGCAGCAGCAGCGACGAGGAGCCAGCUAGCUGCACUCCAGGGAGGAGCGGUCCCACAGUGGCGGUAGCCGGCAGCAGCAGCAGCGACGAGGAGCCAGCUAGCUGCACUCCAGGGAGGAGCGGUCCCACAGUGGCGGUAGCCGGCAGCAGCAGCAGCGACGAGGAGCCAGCUAGCUGCACUCCAGGGAGGAGCGGUCCCACAGUGGCGGUAGCCGGCAGCAGCAGCAGCGACGAGGAGCCAGCUAGCUGCACUCCAGGGAGGAGCGGUCCCACAGUGGCGGUAGCCGGCAGCAGCAGCAGCGACGAGGAGCCAGCUAGCUGCACUCCAGGGAGGAGCGGUCCCACAGUGGCGGUAGCCGGCAGCAGCAGCAGCGACGAGGAGCCAGCUAGCUGCACUCCAGGGAGGAGCGGUCCCACAGUGGCGGUAGCCGGCAGCAGCAGCAGCGACGAGGAGCCAGCUAGCUGCACUCCAGGGAGGAGCGGUCCCACAGUGGCGGUAGCCGGCAGCAGCAGCAGCGACGAGGAGCCAGCUAGCUGCACUCCAGGGAGGAGCGGUCCCACAGUGGCGGUAGCCGGCAGCAACAAGGGCAUGCAGCAGUCACCGGUAGCUGCACAGCCUGUUAAGCGAACACUAAGAAGCAGGCGCUGCACUCACUGUUAUGGGCCGGCACCUGCAUCUGACGGCUUUUGCGAUCUGUGUUCUCGUGCUAAGAGGGCACUUGAAGAGCGGGAGAUCGCCUCGGCAUCUCAGAAAAAACAGGCGAAUCUCAUGCUGGCUCGGACGAGGAAGGCGAAGAAGAUUCUAUCUGUGGGUCAAAAUGUACGCAUUGGCAUUCCCGACGUGGACAGGGCGAGGACGCAACAGAAAAAUGUUAUCGGAGUGAUAUUGGAGUGUGUCGGCGAGUCACAGUAUAUAAUUGGCACGACGAAGGGGAAGCUGUCCGGCGUCUACGGCCCAGAAGCAGUACAACCGUGUGCCGGGCACUUCAUCUCCUCCUCCGACGUCCCCGACAUCUCGAUCACACUUAGAGAAUGUGCUCGCCUGGUCUCAGGGGGGAAGGGUCAGGGGAUGUUUUCCUGCAAGUGCAGGAGGGGUGUAUGUAAAGGCCGAUGCAAGUGCAUCAAGGCGGGCGUUACUUGUAUCAGUCGCUGCCAUAAAGGCGCUCACUGCAAUAAUAAAUAGUAAGAAAGUCA